AUGAACACUCUCAUAGCACUCUGUGCCAUUUAUGUGGCCAUACUAGUGUCAUUGAAUCUUUUGCUGGGGACCAAGGGUUCUCUCGGCUGGGUAUCAUGGAACUCUAUCCAUAGAUUUAGAUAUCACACCCGAGGGUUCCGUGUCUCACUCAACAAACUCCAGCUGAAGUUCAAUCCGAUGGGAACGUUGUACCAUGAGCCAAUACUCACGAUUGUGCUGAGUGGUGCGAGUAUCUACAGAUUACGUGAGGACAUGAGAAGCAACCCGGUUCCGUCAUCAGGAAGAAAGACCAAUCGGCGCCUUGUCAAGCUUUUGGAACGUCUCCCGCUGGCAAUUGAGCUACAAGGUGUUAAGUAUACUGAUCAGGUACCGGUAGAGCUAGAGUCCGUGAAAGCUCAGAUUGUUUCUAAUGCUCUACAAUUUUCCUCGGGCCCCAUCAAAAUCAACCAGAAACAGGUGGUUAGUAGGGUUCUUGGCUCGGUUUCCCUUGAAGACUACAGCGUGACUUUGAAUGUGAAAAAUGUAACGCUAGAUGUCGACGAUCUAGAGCGUUUCAUACCCAAGUCGAAGAAGCAUGGCCAAUCAGAAAAUCUUCCGUCACAGCCGUUGGCCCUGCCUUUCAGACGAAUUUCUAUAGAGUGUGAAAAUGCCUCCCUUACGAAGGACAAGUUCUGCUUAUUCUUGGAAAGGAUAGCAUUUGCGCUGGGAAAAUUGGACGAGGAAGAGACUGCAAACAUGAACUUCGGAGACCAACAUAUUUACGAGGUGCUAUUUGGAAUCAGCAACUUUAAGCUCACUCAGCUGGAAACAAAUAAAAUGUUGCUAUACCUUCCAUUUUUGAAUAUAUUCUCGCUGUGCAAUCUCGAGGAUAUAUUGAAGAUUCAGAAAAAUAAGGAUGACAUGGAGUUCAUUGAUCGGUUUGCCGCAACGAACAGAUUCCUGUUUAAAACUACAGUGUCAACCACCAAUCUAGUCCUGAACACACACAUAAAUGACCUAGUGAAGCCGGAGAGCAAAAAUGAGACAGCACCCAAAAGGCCACUCGAGAUUCCCGGUUAUCUACAAAACCUGCUCCCGAAAAUUAAGAUUCGAAUACAGCUUAUGGGCUCCGUUAUAAAUAUGGCAGUGGCAGAAGAACUCACAGUCAAGGUGCGAGUGGAGGACAUUGCCUUUGAUACGUCGCUGGCAAACACAUACGAUUCUUUGUUCAGCAGCGUUUCAGGCUCUGUUCAUAAAAUGAUUGGCUUCCUUAUACGCAACAUACAAUUCUCGUUUGUGGAGCCGGAUAAAAUAUCCAAAUUUUUUUAUCUUGACCAUGUGAGCACCAGUGUCUCAUUUGGAACACGAAAAGGAUGUCUAUUUGGACAAACAGACAUUAUUGUGGGCACCAUAGAGGUCCUAUUGGCGGAACUGAGCGCAUUCCAAAAAUUGUACCAGCACAAGGUAAAUCUCGGCCAAACAUCUGUUGCGAAAUCACAUUCAUCAUCUGAGGGAGGAAACUCAAUAAUAGAUCGCAUCUCUCUCAAAGUUCAACAGGUGAAGUUUGUUUCAUGUUUUGAGAUGCCUGUGAAAUACUACAACAAGGUAGAUCAGUCUGAGAUGAAUAAAUACAAGAGAGGAGUUUUCCUUGAGGCUUCGGAGAUAGAAUUGGAGGUUGACAUGAUAAAGAAGAAGCUGGACGUGGAGCUUCAAUUUUUCAAGGCAAAGCUGGUGAAGGACUAUGACACGGAACAAUACACCGGAAAGCUAGAGGAAUUUAUAAACAUCGAGCGUCCUCAUUUGAAGUAUUUCAAAGACAAGCACCAGCUGUCUCUCUCGCUUCCUUUGCUAGACACAAAACUAUCUGCGGAAGUUUUGUGGUCGGUGCUUUUCAUUAAGACUAUACUUACUUCUGUGAUACCGCAUUUGCCCAAGAAGAAAGAGGCCUCUACCAAACCGCCACUAACCUACCUGUUCGGAAUUCAGCUCUUCAUGAUGAAAAUCCAGCUACCAAACGACAUUGAUCUUGUACUGGAAUUGGAUCGCAUGGAAGCCUUAUCGACGGUCGACGAUGACUGUUACGCACGAUUCAGAGCACUGAGACUGUAUGGAAGAAGUCCGUACACCACCCAGACCUGGAGCCUUAUAUUUAUUUUGUGUGAUGCGAACACGACGAUCCGCAUCCACUCGCAAGCCGAACACCUCGCAAUAAUCAACUCCCGCUCAGUGAGGUUUGAAAUUCCGUUCGAAUACGUCUUUUUCGAAACCUUUGACAACUUUAGAGCACUGACCAAGGCUAUCACGAAAAUGGAAGCCAACUUCCAACACCUAAUGUCUACUCCAGAAUCUGAAGUGGAUUUCAACGUGCCUAUUAUAAUGCCUAGCAAAGUUAAGAAUCCUUUCAAAUUCCCCAGCGUCCGCUUAAACGCUAAACAGUUUCAAUUCUGCAUGCACGACGAUCCAUUCGAAGCCGAGCUCAACGAGUCUUUCUUGCUUGGAAGAAUUGAGCAAAAGAUGCGUCUCACAAAACUGGCGACUUUCGAUAAAUACGAGAAACAGGUUAAAGAAAAGCUGCAGAGAGAAUUCACUGCUUUGACGUUUGUGAACGGCGAGCCCUUGAAGCCCGAAAAAUAUAACCCUAACUCAACUGGCAAAGUUCAGCAUAAGCGUGUAAGCUCGCAGCUUGCCAAUGAAGUGUUGAGUGACGAGGUAGAGCAGUAUAACGAAUACCUCAGAAAAGUGAAGGAGCUGAUCGAACUACCAAGACUACGGCUGUUGAGCAACCUCAGCAAGUCAUGGAUCUUCAGAGUUAAGGCCCACAGGCAAAUAAGCGAGUCUGGACACCUUAAACGUCUCUCUUCAAUCAGGGGAGGUGAAGAUCCGCCUGUUUCUGCCAGAUUCAUGGACAAGUAUCCGGUGAUCACAGCAUGCUCGGUAGCACCCCUUUUUUCCUUUGAGUUGGCCAAUUUGCGCUGGGACCUUUCGGAGCCUUCGUUCGGGCUCGAAAACUAUAAACACUUUUUGCACAAAGUAGGGCAAGGGAUGCCGUACGAUAUGGAGUACGGUAUUCUAUUCCCUGUUAACAUGCACAUCACCUGCUCGCGUCUGACGAUUCAGCUCAAGGACUAUCCAAUCCCAUUUAUUUCGUUUGGUGGUGGUGACGGAGACACUCCGCAGACGGUGGCAUUCAAAGGCGACUUUGUCAUUGCAGAGCAGAUGUACGUGGCUGAAGAGCUACGGUACAAUUUUGUUCCCUUUGUGUCCCAGUACAAGGACCCGAAGUGCACAGAUAACAUGUUUGCCUCGCAUGUUUCGAGAACCAUGACCAACGUCAAAUUCUACACAGACAUGAAAGUACACGUGAAUUCCUCGAAAAAUGCCAUCGUUUCGUGGUACUCAGCGAUUCAGCCGGCAUUGUUGUACGCUAUGGACAGUUUUGAUGUUUUAUCCAAGCCUCCUCUCGAUCCUAGUCCAAAGCUAGGAUUUUGGGACAAGUUCGCGCUCUUGCUCCACGCAAAAUUUCAUUUCACAUUUACCAACGGCAUCCAUCUAUUCAUAAAGAGCAAGAACUCGCCCUAUGAUCUUAUGGGUCAAGGAGGGGGGUUUGUGUUCAGGUGGAAGGAUAAAGUAGACCUCAAGAUCAACGGUACCGGCCGUUCCGAUGAGCUGCUGGUUGUCGAGAGCAAGGAAUUCGAUGUGGUGAUUCCUCGGUUCAGUCGCAGCAACCUAACGUACUUGCUGGAUGAUAAAAACCCCUACGAGCUGGAUUACAUUACUGAGAAGAAAAUCUGGAAGUUGUCAAGCCAGCCGAUCAUCUGGAAGCUUGGAUUCCUUUUUGAGCGCAACGAGAGCCCUCUUGGAAAAUACGUUCCAGGACAGGUCAAGCGGACCAACAAGUUUAAGCCUCAUUACGAGGUCCGUCUACGCAACCCCUCUACCUUCACAAGCAACGAAGAAAUGGAGUCUUGGAACUCCUAUGAAGGCUUCCGAAGCCACUAUCUCCAUAUGUGUGUUUCGUUGGAAUCAGACUCUACCGAGGCAAGUACCUACAACAGCAUCCAUCUUACUCCGCUUGCGUUUUCUCACUUCUUCACGUGGUGGAAUACGUUCCAGAGUAGCUUGGGUCUGCCUAUCAAGCACGGAAAGAUGUUCAAGAACAAGUUCCUGGAUUAUAGACCAUCUCCAAAGUUUGGGAAGCAUCUGUUCUCCAUUAGUUACUCACUCAAACUCAAACCGCUAUACUUGACCCAUGUAUACAUCCACCCUACCGACAUUCGGGCCAACAGCAACCUGGCGUUCACAGGACUCAAAUGUUCCAUCGAAAGCUUUGCGCUGGAUCUCCACCAGCUCAAGUGUCCAACCAGUGCUUCUGAUAACCCCGAUUUUAGUCUUCAGUUCAACCAGGGUGAAGUGGAUUUUGUCAAUACGGACUUGCGGCUGCUGGUGGCAGAAUUUAACGAGCGCAGUGCAGUAGGUAUGCUUGCACGUGAGAUAGGUAUCACAGAAUCCAGCUCUUUCAUGGACAUGUCGAGCUCCUCCGUGAGCGAAAGGCAUGCCGCGGAAGAUGUGGUGUGGUUUGAUAUGGACGACUUUGUCGAGGUGGAUACGCCCAAAAUCAAACCAAAGAAUCCGCGGUGGAAAGCGACGCCGCUAGCGUCCUCGACUCGUUUCUGCUACUUUCUCCAGGAAAAAGAGCCAGAGCUGCAAUACAGUUUUGCGGCCAUUCAGGAACGGACACACGACUGUUUUGUUGGCAAGAACCAUCCGGAACGAACACCUUUCGCUGUUGCUAACAAACGCGCGGCAGAGCUCAAGGACCAAAUCAAAACACACGAGACCUCCUUGGAGUCUUUGCAGAGCAAUCCAGAGAAAAGCCAGGUUAUUGCCAAGCGCAUAGAGGAGUUGGAACGGGAAAUCAAAGACCUGGACACCCGUCUGCACGUGACUCGUUGUUUAAGGGACAGUUUUGAAGCCGGAAUGAUCCCUGACUAUGACGAGUUUUUGGACGAGAACGAGGCUUCUGACGUGGAAACAUCUUACACUGUUUCAAGGGUUAAUUCCAAAAUCUCGCGCAGAUCCUCCAAUCCGACUGUGAAAAGCACUGCUCCUUCGUCUCCACCGGCGUCGUCGUUCAGAAACCGAUUCAUCAUCUACCAUGUGGUAUUCAGAUGGAGCUCGCAUACCAGGAAGAAGUUUUCGAGCUAUAUCGAUAACGUGUCUGAAAGAAAGUCGCUGGUGUUCAACUUGAGUCGCAGAGCAAUCAAGCUUGCCGAGGAGCUGUAUGAAAGUCAGAGUUUGCCGCGCAAGGCGGGCAGCUUUGAUGAGCGCGGGUCGCUGGACAUGGAGUCGUGUUCGAACUUCUACAACUUCGAACGCAAGCUGAGAGAAUCCGAUGAACUGGAAGAUGUCAAUUUUGAAGAUACAUAUUUGCUCAAAUUCAUCCUUCCGCAGCUCUGUUUUGACACGGAGAUGAACAGUGCCGUGCUCGUUACGUCAAAGGAGAUCACGGUGAGCUCGGUUUCUGUUGACUUCAAGCCGCAAGACGACGAGGAACGGAUUCCUGUUGAAAGUAGAACUGGAAUCAUUCUGCGAGACGCAUUUUUCCACGUUCUGGACAAAGACAAAACUCUGAACGGGCAGUACAAAUUGUUCUGGUCUCAGUCCACUUGGCCUCCACAGCUGCCUGUGGAAAUGUACUACUGCUCCAACUUGUUAGCAAAUACAAUUGUCAUUUGGAACGUAUCCAUGGGGCUGAUCUUCAUCAAGCCUAACAAGCUCAGGUACAUGAAGACUGACCAGUGCAAUGUGACUAAAUUUAGAGAGUUGAUCCAGGUUAUGACACCGGAGGUUGUGGUCACUGCAAAUAGUCAACAAUACAACGUGAUCUACAAUCUGGCCAUGAGUUUUAUGGACUCCAACAUGACUGAGAAGAAAAAGCUGAAGGAGAAGGUGAAGAGCCUGGUGAAGUUCUCAGUUUCUGAGGAUUUUGACGACAUCAAGUUCCGCAUGUUCGAUUUGCAACAGAAAGCCUGGCUGUUGAGCGAGUGUAAGAAAUUCAUGUUGAUGAUGCAGGGUAAUGCACCAGACCAAGACGACGUCUUGCAAAUAGAUGUUGAGCUCGAAAAAAUCUAUCUCGAACUCGGAAUGCUUGUCUCUUAUCUUCAACAUACAAAAGCCAUGAAAUACAAUGACUCGUAUGAAGAACGGCAGUGGGUGCUGAAUGCGGAUCACAUUCGAUUGGAACUUCUCGAUGGUGAGGAUAAGAAGUUCAUCGUUGUUGAAGCUAAGCAGUCUUGCUACCAAACAGAGCAAAGGCCUGACGGGGCAAGCAGAAACAGGGUGCUUAUUCAGGACUUUGUCGCAGAAGACCUUCAACCUCAUACGAAUUACAAGACCAUCGUUGAAAAGGUCCACAAAGAGGGCUCUUUAGACAUGCCUAUGGUGUUUGUGGACUGGAAAAUGCUGGAGGCAGUUGGAGGCAUACCUGUUGUGGAACAUAAGUCCAUCACAUUUGCUCCGCUGAAAAUUGAAGUGGACUUUAAAACGGCUGUGGAAAUUUACAGGUUCGUGUAUCCUAAACUGGUUUCAGACGACGACACUGAGUCGAGUGAUGACGAGUCGUCGUCCAUGGCAGACUCGUUUAGCCCAGAAAUUCCGUCUUCGCGAACGAGUUUGGAUUCAUCAAACUCUAUUUUCUCUGAGCGCUCAGAACAUAGUGAGGGAAAACUGAAAAAGAUGAGUCGGAUGCUGUCGAUCAAAAAGCAUGAUAGAGAAGGCAGCCCGACCUCUGUGUCUGAAUUCAGCACGAUCCAAUUCUCUUGUCACAGAAAUAACGAAAACACAGACGAAAAACAGUACAUUAGCCAGAUGGUGGAACGAUCGAAGAAGUACCAGCUUCUCAAUAGAAUCACCAUCAAUCCCCUACAUCUGAUACUUAGCUUCAAGGGACAAGGGUCGUACAAAGUUGUGGAUGUUCACAGACUCCAGCUACAGGUGCCAAAAGUCGAAUACACCAACAAGAUGUGGUCUGAGGAAGAUUUCUUCCAGCAUUUCAAAAAAGACAUUGUGCGACUAAUUCUCAGGAAUACGGGAAAGAUCAUGGCGAACAAAAUCACCAAGCGACAGAAAAGGAGUAAGCUGCAGCACCUACUGAGCUACAAAGACGAACUGCAGAACGAAUUGAGUCGUCGUACCUCUAUUUCGUCUUCAUCUACUCCGAAGUCGCAUUCGCACUUGCACCGUCACGCAGACCAUUUUGGACACUGGGAGGACCCGGAUGUGCUGGAGCCCCAGCGACACGAGCGGCCAUUGAUUGAUGAAACAUCAGGGUCGGAGAUCCAAAAUUUCGAGCCGCUGGAGGAAAUUUCUGAGGAAUCUGUGUAA